AAGGUAAGAGACCGGGAAGAAGUUCAGUUUUGUUGUCAGGUAUAUGAUUCCGCUUGAACUUUCGACUAUUUAUUUAGUAUGCAUAUAUAAUUCUUUUCUCACUCAUACAUACAAUACCAUCUCGUUUAUUGAGUGAUUUAAGUCUGACUUAUAUUUGAGUUCUAAGUCCUGGAUCAUCUGUAACCAAAUUUCAUAAAAAUACUGACAAUAAAAACUUGGCUAAUAGUUAAUUAAAAGAUUUCCCACUCCUAUAAUCUUUGAGAAAACUUUAUACAAAAUCAUUUUUUCCUUGCAAGAGAUCUGUUUUUAUAAGAAAACAUGAUCCACAAAAAUUUUCUGAAAACUAACCUCAAAUUCGAACUCCCCGCAUCGAAAAACCUUAAGAAAUGUGUUUUUCAGAAAAUCGAUUUUCAAUGUGUUUUUGACCUUUCACCCACACCCACCCACCCAACCCUAACCAUAGUCACCCAACAGACCUCAAAUUCGAACUCCCCGUAUCGGAAAACCUCUAGAAAUGUCUUUUUCUAAAAAUCGAUUCUCCAAUUACCCUCUUGUAAAAUUUUCUUGGAACUAUCUUUAAGAUUACUAAUACUAACUAAUUAUUUAUUGGUAUUUAACUGAAAUUAAUCUCACAUUCGAAUUCUUGGCACUCGAUUACCUUUCGGUCAAACUUUUUUCGAAAAUUAAUAAUAUCAAUUAUUAACUGAUUAUUAACUAGUUAAUUUUAAUAAAUGAAUCUUCUAUUCGAGUUCUCCAUACUCGAUUACCCUUGGGUCCAGCUUUUCCGAAAAUAUUUCAAAAAUUAAUAAUACCAAUUAUUAACUGAUUAUUAACUAGUUAAUUUUAAUAAAUCAAUCUUAGAUUCAAGUUUCCCGCCCUCGAUUACCCCCCAGCCAAAGUUUUUCGGAAGUAUCUGAAAAAUUAAAUCUAAAUGUUUUUUUGACCCUGCGGACACACAAGCAAGCAAGCAAGCAAUCAGACAAUUUAUGUUUACUGGACUCUUCUCUACGAGAAAGAGAAUAACAAUCAAUUAUUAUUAUCUAAUGUCAAAGUAAGCGAUUACACCUUAAAUAAAUGUUUUAACAAUUUUUAUUUUCAAAACUAUUUUCUUUAAGACUCCUGAAAAGAAAACAUUUAAGAACAAUGCAGUCGCUCAAAUACGCAUGCCUGAAUUUGAAUGUUCUUCCAACAGACGUGUACGUAGCGAUAUCAAUAUUGAAAGCGCACGCACUGAACCAACCAGCCCAAAUGCAAUCGAGCAGGCUUAG